AUGCUCCUCUCCACGGCGGCGCUGCUGUUGGCCGCGGCGGUCCAGCCAGCUGUAUCAGCCGGUCGCCCUGAUGGGACGCCCAUCUGCGACUACUACGCCAAGGAGAACUAUGGCGAGAAUAACAAGACGACUCAGCUGAAGCUCAUGACCAAGAUCGUCGCGCUGGCAUACGCCGGCGGGGACGAACUGCUAAAAGCUGGUGGCGAGAACAAAAACGACAGCGGCAUCUUCGGAAGUGGCUCAUACAAAGGCGAAGCCAUCUUUCUAGGAUGGCAUUUCGAUGGGAGCCACAAGACGUCGGCUUUCAACGGCAAUGCCGCGGCCAUGAACUGGACGGAUGGCGGUGGCAUGAAACCUUUGAGAGACUUCCUCGACAACAAAACCGCGACGGCUGAGAUCGCGAAAGGCACCAACCAGUACACCCUCUUUACGCACUGGUACGUCGCCUUUGGCCGCAUCUUUGGCUGUACCAAGGCCGAGGAGUUUCUCAACGAGGAGUACAAGACACUCAUGCCGGCCUACGUCCACCAGUUUAUGAACCUCACCCAGACCCAGAUUUCCUACUUUAUCCGCCAACUCUCCCUAUCCAGCAAGUACCACGGCUUCAGCGAGAGCGACGCCAGCACGCUCGACACCUUCAUGAACAACAAGUACAACAACAAGUGUGCACCCCCUCAGAACAACUCGCUCCCCUCCAUCUGCUUCCACGAGAGCUGCCCGCUGGCCUUCCCCUCGCCCGACUGCAAAGCGUACACGAACAUCCAGCAAUACAGCGUGAGCGACAACACCAAGCCCGGCUCCAGCGGAACCUCGGCCGCCUCGCCCUCGAGCGACCGUGGCACCGACGGCAGCUCCGACCUUGGCACCGGCGCGAUUGCGGGCAUAGCCGUCGGCGGUGUCGCCGGCAUCGGCAUCAUCAUCGGCCUCAUCUGGUUCUUCUUCAAGAGGAAGGCCGCCGCCACCGCCGACGCCGCCCGCCGGGCCGAGAGCCUCGCCGCGGCCCAGAGUACCCCCGGCGGCGGCGGGGGCUACCCCAACGCCCCCAUGUACUCGCCCGCCAUGACGCAGAGCCAGUUUGACGGCAGCGUCAGCCAGCAGUGGGACGGCGUCAGCCAGACGCCCUACGACCCGAAUCGUCAGAGCCAGUUCACGUACUUUUCUUCGGUGCACGACGGGAGCGGCAGCCCGCCGCCGCCGCAUCCGCACCACGGCGGCUGGGCCGAGCUGCCGCCGCAGGAGCUGCACGCCAACGAGGUGGCGGCGACGAUGAACAGUCCGCCGUUGUCUCCGACGAUGGAUGGCUCGCAGACGAAGAAGUUGGGGUACAAGCCGGACGUGCGCGAUGCGGUGGAAAUGGAGAGCCCGGUGCCGCGGCAGCAGGAUUGGGCAAAAGACGCGGCGGCAAACCCGGAGGAGAAUCCGGACCGGAGGCAAUGA